AUGAUCGAGCACCUCUUGCCCCACUACUACAACGACACGGACGUCAUCUUGCUCUACCAAGAGUCGGCCGUCUUCGCCGUGUGCGAAGCGCUUCUCGCCGAUGCACUCGAUUUUUUCGCCACGUAUGCGCCGCAGCGCGCAAGGAUGCUCGUGCACCGGCUCCGUUUGAUGCUCGAGGGGUCCUAUGAGAGCGGCCAGGUCCUUCCCGUGCCGCCCGCGGCCGUGCUAUUGCCGCUGCUCUCGGUGUUUGCGCACCGGUGGCCGGCGCUGUCGGUGACGUUGCGCGACCAAUUUAUCGACUUGUUGCGCGCCGACAUCCUUGCCUCCUCAUCCUCCAUCGUGGCGGAAGCAACGGAUGACGACCUGAUGGACAGGCUCUUGGACCCGUGUCGCUGUACGUGCGCUCUCUGCAACGCGCUCUGGGAGUUUCUUCGGACGCAACAGCGGAUUCUGGAAAAAUCCUUUUUUGACCCGUGUUGCGAGGCAGCGCAGACGAUGGCCGGUUUGCAGGCAGCGGGCUUUGUCAACGACGGCGUUUUGGUCUUCUCCAAGACGUACAGCGAAGAGGACGACGAGAGAGCCCAAGACGAAGACGGCUACGUACUGCCGUCGUGGCAGUCGACGCUGCUGACACGAAUGCACCUUGCGGCGCUGAAUCGUCUUUCCGAGCUAGGCAUUUAA